AAGUCAUUACGCGGCAGCCACUCAGUGCCGGGCUGAAGCUGAAGGAGGGCUGUGGGCUCCACAGUUCAGGAUCACAGGAUCUCAGGAGCCGCGGAGACUCGUCGGCGCACUCAGGUUGACAGCUGCAGAAGCCGCCGCCACAGUCUGCUCCACUGAGACCCGCAUGGAGAAACCACCACCCGCCGCGCCAUGCACCUCUGAUCCGUCUUCUGUGUAGCCUGAGGGGGGAUAAAAAGUCUGCAAGAUCACUUUGCCCGCUCCGCUGAGGUGGACCGAGCGUCAAAGGAUUUUUCUUCCUCCUCUUCUCCUUUUCCUUCCGCCUCUCAGAGUCCACUCCUCGCUUUUGGGACUUUUUUUUCUCCUUGGAAAGAAAGCGCUGCUGUUUCUCCGAGUCUACCUGCUCGCCCAGCACCCAUGAAUUCAGAUAAAAAUGUGUACCUCGGCAGAGACAAAGGCAUCAUGCGGAAGAGAGCUCUGCUCCUUCGGAAAGGUUGCAGCUUCGAGAUUACCAGCUCUGCCUCGGAGGACUUGGGCUGCAGGCGUGGAGACUUCAGCAGGAAACACUAUGGUUCGGUCGAGCUGCUAAUUUCCAGUGAUGCAGAUGGGGCCAUUCAGAGGGCAGGACGCUUCAGGGUGGAGAAUGGCUCGUCAGAUGAGACUUCAGACUACACUCCAGGAACCUGGAGGAGAACCGAUGUCCAUCUGGAGAAUCCAGAGUACCACACCAGAUGGUUCUUUAAAUACUUCCUGGGAAAAGUCCACCAGAACUACGUGGGUACAGAUGCAGAGAAGAACCCCUUCUACCUGUCAGUCGUCCUCUCAGACCAGAACAACCAGCGGGUUCCUCAGUACAGAGCCAUCCUCUGGAGAAAGACGGGCACUCUGAAGAUCAGCCUCCCCUACAGCCCGACCAAAACACUAUCAGUCAAGUCCAUCCUAAGUGCAAUGAACAUGGACAGGUUUGAGAAAGGCCCGAGGGAGAUCCUCAACCCGGACAUUCAGAAGGAUCUGCUGGUGUUGGAGGAGCAGGAGGGUUCUGUCAACUUUAAAUUUGGUGUCCUGUAUGCCAAAGACGGACAGCUCACAGAUGACGAGAUGUUUAGCAAUGAGACGGGGAGUGAGAACUUCGAUAAGUUUCUCAAUCUGCUGGGCGAUUCCAUUACGCUGCAGGGCUGGGCAGGUUACCGCGGAGGGCUGGACACCAAGAAUGACACUACAGGAAUUAGGUCUAUCUACACAGUGUAUCAGGGCCAUGAGCUCAUGUUCCAUGUGUCCACCCUGUUGCCCUACUCUAAAGAGAACAAACAGCAGGUGGAGAGAAAGAGACACAUUGGAAAUGACAUCGUUACCAUAGUGUUCCAGGAAGGGGAUGAUGCAUCGUCGUCCUUCAAACCUUCUAUGAUCCGAUCGCACUUCACCCAUAUUUUUGCAUUAGUCAGGUAUAAUAGCCAGAAUGACAGUUACAGGUUGAAGAUAUUCUCAGAGGAAAGCGUUCCACUGUUCGGACCCCCUCUGCCAUCUCCACCUGUGUUUACUGAUCACCAAGAAUUCAGGGACUUUUUAUUAGUCAAAUUAAUCAAUGGAGAGAAAGCCACACUGGAGACGCCAACGUUUGCCCAGAAGCGUCAGCGGACCCUCGACAUGUUGAUCCGCUCGCUCUACCAAGACCUCAUGCCUGACCUGCACAAGGUUCCUUUUUCUCCCCAGAACAUGUUAAACCGGCGGUCCUUCAGCGACGUCCUGCCUGAGUCUCCAAAGUCGGCACGUAAGAAGGAGGAGGCACGGCAGGCCGAAUUCGUCAGAAUAGGGCAGGCUCUGAAGCUGAAGACCAUUGUGAGAGGAGAUGCCCCAACCAGCCUUGUCACCACAGGCCUGUGCAGAAAAGAGCCGUGGGAGUCUCAGUUGUUCUGCAGCACUUUCCCCUAUGAGAUCGUGUGUGCUGACUCCUGGGGUCAGUCUCUGCUGGCUGCCACCGACGCAGCGGGGGUCAUGCUGCUGGAUGGCCUGGAUCCAGCUCUGCCCAACGCUGAGACGCAGGCUCUGCCCCCAGUGCCAGUGUUUGACAAAACCAUGGCGGUGAAGCAGAUGCACGUUCUCGAGCCUCAGGACCUGCUCAUCACGAGGGCUGACAAAGGGAAGGACGCUCGGCUGUAUGUGUUCAGACUCAGCACGCUCAAAAGAGGCCUGGAGGACAAGCAGCUCGUCAGAAGCAAGUGUGACAGCCGGGAGAAUAAACUGGAGAAAACUAAAGGCUGUCAUUUGUACUCUAUCAACACCCACCACAGCUCAGAGCUAAGGAUAGUAGCAGCCAUCAGGAACAAACUCCUCCUCAUCACCAGGAAACAUCCGCGUUUCGAAGGCUUCAGCGCCGUCGCCUCGGGGGGUGACUCGCCGGUGGAGGAGUUUCAGUACAUACGGGAGAUCUGUCUGUGUGACCCGCCGGUGGUGAUGGCGCUGGUGGACGGGCCGACGGGGGAAAAUGACAAUAUGAUCUGCGUGGCCUACAAACAUCAGUUUGACCUAAUCAAUGAGAGCACUGGAGAUGCCUACCGGCUACACCAUGUAGACGCCAACAGGGUAAAUUUUGUAGCAGCCAUUGAUGUGUAUGAAGACGGGGAGGCGGGUCUGCUGUUGUGUUACAACUAUAUUUGUUACUAUAAGAAAGUUUGUCCUUUUAACGGCUCCACACCGAUGAUCCAGUCCAACACCUCCGACUUCCACUUCAGCUGGAACCAGAUGCCCAACGCUAUCGUCUGUGCAUUUCCUUACAUCCUGGCCUUCACGACGGACUCCAUUGAGAUCCGACUGGUGGUCAAUGGCAACCUUGUGUACACAGCGGUUGUCCCAGAGCUACAGUUGGUCGCUUCACGGUCAGACAUCUAUUUCGUUUCGUCGGCACCAGUGAGCUCAGCCUCAAACUGCAGUUCAAGAGACACCAGUUCCCAGAGUUCCCCGCAGACGCCCACCGGCUACGAGAUGCCCGUGUUUCCCUCGCCGCUCGGUGAUGAUUCUAUACGGAUCCCCUAUGGUACCAAGCUUUCCCUGUACAUGUCUAAGGAUGCCGAAGGUGAAUCGGCGUGUAAGCACAUGUUCAAGAUCCCCCUGAGUAACUUGGUCGGCCGUAGCAUUGAAAGACCACUCAAGUCCCCUCUGGUCAACAAGGUACUGACGACGCCAGCCCCCGCCAUGGUACCCCCAACUCCCCUCAUCUCCGCCACACACUCGCUUUCCCUGUCCCGCAUGGAGAUCAAAGAGAUAGCCAGCCGCACACGGAAGGAGCUGCUAGGUUUGACCGAGGAACCAAGCGGGAAGUCAGACAGUGGAACAGUCAAACAGAGGAGGAUGAGCAAGAAGAACACUGAGGAGGAGCCCAAAGCACGCGCACUGACGUCAACAAACAGCGACAGGUUGGCCUCAGAGUCUGUUGAGACAGACCUGGAUGUCCAGCUGCAUUAUUCGUCCGGUACGGAGGCCGAGCCCGAGAAGGCGGUGCUAAGAGCGGAAAGCCCGCCUCUCGCCAGCGCUUUUGCCAUCUCCACUUCCUUUGAAGAAGAUGUCCUUGACCUGAAGUGAAGACAAUCCCAUCAUGCACUUCUCUGCCCACCCACUCCUGUACUGUCACCAUUAUUAUGUUGUUUUGGUUGGUUUCCUUUUAAUAUGUUCAGUUCUUUAUUCUUGUCUCUUUUUUUAUAUAUAUAUAUAUAUAUAUCCAUGUAUCUUGGGUCUCCUCAUUCAUUGGACAAGAUGGGUGCAGUGGAAGUUAGAAGCCGUGUCCGUGUGCGUGUUUGUUUUCACGCGCAGUCCCUUAACCACUGUACGUUGGGUGUUUGUGUUGCCCCGCGGCAGAUAACCCAAAGAGGCGAUGACUUUGUCGAGUUCGUGUAAGAUGCUGUGGUUUAGUCAGAGUUCUGCAACAGCCUCGAGAUAACGGUUUGAUCCCAAACCACAAGCUGAAUGUAGAUCUGCGCACAGAGGCACGACAAAAAUCUCGCUCAUGAGGCGGAUCUGAAGAUGCUAGAGCUUAACAUGUGUUGUAUAUUAUGUGAUUAUUUCCAGUCCACUUUCAAAUGUUGUAUGAUAUGCAUAUGUAUGUGUACAUCUGUUUAUACAUGAAAAUGCGUACACAGUGGCAGGUGUGCAUGCCUGUCAUGCCUGUGUUGCUAUUUAUAGAUAUAUUAUAAAAAUCAAUUUUAUCCCCAUAUUUAGUAAAUGUAUAAUGUUUUAUGCUCUCUGCACAUAUAAGUCCUUAAUCCUCUCCUUAUUCACAGUACACAGGUAGACAGGGCUGGAGGCAAAGUCUCCCACAAGUGCCAUUUCCCAGCAUCCUCCACUGAACUACACCUCCAACAGCCACCGUAUUCUGGUGUCUGGCAGUAGCAGCCAUGAUUGUAGUCCACAUUAGAUUACUACAGAGAACCACAGCUCCAUUCGGUCAGGUUAAAUUCACAGAGGCACUCGCUACAAAGCCACACGCACUCGGCAUUUUAUCCCACGAGAAUGAGCCGACCCUAAAUCUGCAUGACCUGCCUUUGCUACGAGUAUCUUCUGAGCAAACAAAAAGCUUCUUUGGAAACGGCGAGGUCUGCGAUGUCAUGUCAAACAUAGCAGCGUAAAGCAAACCACAACCCGAGACAACAGAAAGAGCGUGGAUGUUAAAAGCUUUUUCAUGUAGACAAAACCACAACUUUUACAUGAGAAGUUAAGUUAAAAUACAGUAUGUUGCCAUAAACUAAAAUGACAAAAGCAGAGGUUGAGCAAAUUAACAGAAGUGAGCUUAAAAUUUCUGGAUGCUAGCGACACUAAUGGAAAACUAUAUGUUGAGAAAUAUUUUUUAAUUUUUUGUUGUUUUCUGUAUAUGGAGAGUGAAAGAAGGUAUUAAAAUUUAAAGUGGUCAAAAUUAUUGAAACAUUAAUAUAGAAAUUGUUGCCUCUACCCAACUAAAAUGAACACCUAGAGUAAACUAAAAAUUACAAAAAAAUAAAUACUGAAAGUAAAAUAAAAGCUAUUUAAAACAAAAACGCAUAAAAAAUGGGAAGCGAUAUAAAAUAAAUAACCCUGUUAGGGAUUCAGCUGCUUGCUGGGAGUAUCUAAUUUCAUUUAAUUUAAAACUAGACAUUUCCUUUUAUUUUAAAUCUCAGCCACAGAGGUUUUUAUUCCUGGUCUUUAAAGCCCAAAUGUUGUUUUCAUUCCAGAUGUCCCCUAAAUGACUGAUUUGCAGCUGCUAAACCUCCCGCAGGCGUGCAGCGAUGCAUUAUGGGCCGGUUCAGCGGACACCAGUGACCAAUUUUCUCUUAUUUUGAAACAGGAUUGGGUUUAAAGUCGUAUUCCACUGAUGUUGUACUUGACUUCCAUAAAACUGGAGGGCGCAGAGAAGAUUGAUCGAAAAUGAGGCAGAGAUAUUCUGACUCCUAGUCGUUCUCUAACAUGAUGGAUCCUACGUUUCCCAUAGUGCAACUCGAUAGCAUCUUCCAUUAGAAAUGUCUCCCAGCGUUGGUGUCUUUCACACUUUCCAAAACAUUUUGUUCAGAUGAAUGUAAAGAAUGUUCAGACACACGGUGAUGUUCACCUGUUAAACCCCAUUUCAGCGUUCCACAUUUUCACUGUUGGCCAAUAAGCAAAAUGCAGAAAAUCUGUCUUCUUUCAAACAGUCUAACAAAACAGACAUGCACGUUUUGUGACGUGAGCCUCAACCUGAUAGUCCGUUGACUUCAGUGUUAACCGAGACCAGAACUUUCAGGAGCAGGGACCUUUUCAGCUGUAUCUCCCACAUUGUUGACACUAAGAACGCAUAUUUAACAGCAUACUGACUUAAGUUUCUGUGAAAUGGCUGCCACGUGCUGCGUCUCACAGAGGACAGCUCGGGUUUUGGUAAAAGCAUUAACACACAGACACAUGAUCAUAGACAUACACAGACAGCCAGCAGUCCCAUUGCAAUUUCCUCAGAAAUUCCAGUAUGACGUUGUGUGUUUUCUUUCUUCUGAACACUGAGCAUGUUAAUUAUGUCCUCUGAGUCAGUGUGAACCCUGAACCCAACAUCAAACAGAGAAAAUGUUCUGAGUGACAAACACAAGACAGGAAAACCAAAGCAGAAAGCUUGAAGGAUCCACUGGAGGGGCAACAAACUAGAAGCUGUGGUUCUGACUGUGCUAAUGGAGGUAUGAGAGCGCCUCUGUGUGGUGGUUUCACAGCAAAGCAGCCUUCAGAUCUUGCAUGAGCCUCCUCCUCCUCCUCCUCCUCCUCCUCCUCCUCCUCCUCCUCCCCCUCCCCCCUUUCCACCUCCUCGUCCUCCCUCACGUCCCUCCUGUGUUCUCCUGCCUGCUGCAGUGUGAAUCCCUCCAAUACUAUAACACAACUCAGAAAAAUUAUAAAGAGAAGAAGAGCAGGAUUUGGAGGUGGGGGGUUAACCCACUUCAGCGUUAAUUACUCUGAAUGAGUGUGCGCCUGGGCGGCGCCUGGCAGUUCGGUGUGUAACACUGCUUCUCUCACUUGCGAUGUUCCUAUUUCUCUGGCAUUUCUGUCCAGUACUCUUUGUUCCUACCUCCCCUUGGCAUUUUCACUGUUUUUAUUUUUGUGUUUUUUUGUUUGUUUGUUUUUGUUUUUUGUUUUUGUUGUUUUGUUUUUGUAUUUGAAUCUAUAUUUACUGUUUAGACUGUUGCUGAACCUCUCUGUGAUAUCAAAACGAAAGAAAAUUAACAAAAAAAACACCAAGUGUCUUAAAAUAUUGUAUCGCCAUCGUUUUUAAUGCCAAGUACUACUUGUAAAUGUUUGUGUAUCAAAUGUGGCCUCAAAUGAAACUGAACUAUAUUGUUAUUAUUAUUAUUAUUAUUUGAGCAAUUAUUUUAAACAAGUGCUGUAGACCACUGCUGUGAAAGUAGUCGAUUCUGUUCAUUGAUAUGUAAUAAAUAUUUAUGAAA